UUGGAAGCCAGAGUCAAUUCGCCAAUAUAUAGGACAACAGGCAAAAAUUUAUUUACGCCCAAUCCAAAAUGAUCUUGAAACUUCACCUUCCACACCAGAGCCAAAUGAUGAUACAUACUCUGGAAUGUGUGAAUUUUGUGACAACAAAAUGAAUGUUAGAAUGCUGAGAGAUCAUUUGAAAAUAUGUUCUGCACGGCCAAACUCAGAAUCAGAUGAACUUCCUGAUCUUGCACCAUCUCACAGACAUUCUUCAACUACAGAACCAUCCACAUCUGCAACCUCUCAAAGUCAGACCUUAGCAUCAAUCACACCUGAUCUUCAGUCAACAUUGAAUGACAAUAUGACUGAACAGCCCCAAGUUGUGGAAGUCUUGGAACCAAUUUCUCCAGGAGUAAGAGAUGGAGAGCAAGAAAACACAGUUAAAACAAACAUGGAAAAUAUCAUUACCAGCAUUGUGUCAGAAUGUGUGUCCCACUGUACAGAGACAGGAAUGAAAGAUCCUGUGGACAUCCUGAGAUUCUUUCAGAGCAAGAUGGUAUAUGGCAGAGAUCUUGAUAUCCAGGAUGAGUCAUCCACAAUUGAAGGGGAGACUAACUUCAUUUUAGUUGAUAGGUCAGACAUACUUCAGUCUGCCUUUGAGGAUAUUGAGGCCAUCACUGAUCUCAGACUGACUUUAAAAGUUCAGUUUCUUGGAGAGAUUGCUGUUGAUUUGGGAGGUCCAAGAAAAGAGUUUUUUGCCUUGAUAUUAAGGGAAAUAAAAGAAAAGUACAUUACUAUUUUUUUGCUGUAA